AUGGCGCCCAAGCAGACCCUCCAGUCUAAAUACAAACUGCUCUCCGGCCAUGAGAUUCCGGUCCUGGGAUAUGGGGUGUAUAUGAUUCCCCCUUCUUCAACCGAAAAGGUUACCUUAGAGGCCUUGAAAGUGGGAUUUCGCCAUGUCGAUUCUGCCAUCAUGUAUCGCAACGAAAAAGCCUGUGGCCGGGCCAUCCAGAGUUCAGGACUCGAUCGAUCCGAGGUCUUCCUUACGACCAAGAUUCCUCCUGAAUCAAUGGGAUACGAAGAUACGAAGCGGGCCCUUGAAUCGAGCCUCCGCACCGCAGGACAAGAAUACUUUGAUCUCAUCCUUAUCCACGCCCCCUAUGGCGGCAAGGAAGCCCGCCUCGGCUCCUGGCGUGCCCUCGUCGAGGCGCAGAAAGCAGGCAAGACCCGAUCAAUCGGUGUAUCCAACUACGGUAUCCACCAUCUCGAGGAGCUGGAGGAAUACAUCCAGAAUGGAGGCGGCGGCGAGAUCUCCGUGGGCCAAUACGAGUUACACCCGUGGCUGGAUCACUCGGACAUCGCGGAGUGGUGUCAGAGCCGGGGAUUGUGGUCGAAGCGUAUUCUCCGCUGGCACAUGGGACGCGAUUUCGCGAGCCGGUGCUAA